AUGAAAAUCCACCACGUUGCUUGCUUAGAGGACAACUACGCAUACCUAAUCAUUGACGAGAGUACCAAAGAAGCUGCAGCUGUGGAUCCAGUUGAGCCUGAAAAGGUUCUUAAAGCAGCUCAAGAACAUGGCGUUGAUAUCAAGCUCGUCCUCACCACUCACCACCACUGGGAUCACGCUGGUGGAAAUGAGAAGAUAAAGCAGCUGGUGCCGGGGAUUAAGGUAUAUGGUGGUUCUAUUGAUAAUGUAAAGGGCUGCACUGAUAAGGUGGACAACGGUGAUAAGAUUUCUCUCGGGGCUGAUGUUCAUAUAUUGUCUCUUCACACACCUUGCCACACUAAAGGUCACAUAAGCUAUUAUGUGACUAACAAAGAGGGAGAUGACCCAGCUGUUUUUACUGGAGACACACUGUUUAUUGCGGGUUGUGGUAAAUUUUUCGAAGGAACAGCAGAACAGAUGCAUCAGUCGCUAUGUGUGACUUUGGGUUCAUUGCCAAAGCCAACACGAGUUUACUGUGGCCAUGAGUACACAGUGAAGAACUUGCAAUUUGCUCUGACAGUUGAACCAGACAAUGAGAAAAUAAAGCAGAAGUUAUCAUGGGCACAGAAGCAGCGGGAAACAGGCCUCCCCACAGUUCCCUCAACCAUUGAGGAAGAGAUGGAGACGAACCCUUUUAUGCGGGCUGAUCUACCAGAGCUUCAGGAGAGGAUUGGUCGCAAAACUGCUGUUGAAGCUCUGCGUGAAAUAAGGCAGAGGAAGGACAACUGGAGGGGAUAA